AUGACUCUUCAAACAUCCAUCACCGCUGUUGCAGUCCAAGUAUCCAGAAUACCAGCAACAUGUUUCCAAGGCGAUACUCCCAAUUUCGCCGUAUUAUUAUCUACCGGAGAAAUCCAAGUCUACACAUACAAGAACGGCAUAGCACAGAUGCCUGUUCUGAGGCUGCGUAACUCACGGGAGAACUCCAGGACAACUUGUCUUGCUUGGAAAGGCGAUUGCAUCAUAACUGCUGACACAGACGGCGUAAUUAUGUUUUACGACUUUGCUUUCGGUACAUCGAAGCAAACAUACUCUCCUUUCAUCGACAUAGACAGGAUAGAGUUCGAGAGAUCAUCCAGCGGAUUGUACGUACACGCGAGAGACGGAAAAUUUGGUUUUUCACUUGAAAAAGUGGAAAGUUGUCCUUUUUCUGUUUCCUCAUUCGCUGUAACAGGAAAUGGACUCGUCCUCGUCUCCCCGCUCAAUGACGAAGCCGUGAAAUUCGUUAUUGCAAGAGACUGGAGAUCUGUAAAAAGAAUCACUUCACCUGCCCUCUUAAAACCGCUAAAAACCGCCCAGCAACGGUUAGAGCUUAUGGGUGAGCAAUUAUUAACGAAUCCUACUACAGGAACAUGGUCAGAAGCACUUCAAAUAGCUGAGAUAGCUAAUGACCAUGGAUUUCCAACUGAUUCCAUUAUUUGGAAGUGUGUUUCACGUAGUUUGGGAGGUCCGAGGUUGCAAGCACGGCAUUCCAUGUUUGGAGGGAAAGAAGAAGUUGUUUCCGCGUUGAGGAUUCAAUCUUCUCUGUUUUCUCCUGCAGAUACUCCGAUUUCUGCCAUUUUCAACUUGUUGUUCAAGUUCAGAAUGG